CUGGUUUGCGGUUCCAACCCGUGAAACCAUCCAUCCCCCAAUACAUCAAAAGAAAGAAAAAAAAAGGCGGUGGCGACUGUAGCAGACGGUUCCAGCGACGGCGGCGGCCGGCGGCGAUAGCGAACGGACGGCUGCUACGGAGGACGACUGCGGCGGACGAAGAUGCGGCGCGACGGCCUCGCUCGAGGCCUCGAGGUGGAGGCUGCGCUCGCGGCCGAGGCGGCGUGGGAUCUGAGGGAAGCCGUUGCCUCUAUGGCUGGUGACUCCUUGGACAUGGAUGUGGACUCGCCACCGCAUCUUCCCAUGGAGACCUCUGCUAACAAGGUUAUACUGGAUGGUGAAGAACAUUCUUUGGAAGUACCUGCUGCUGCAAAUCCCCUAGAAGAUAGCAGUGAGAGAAUGAAUAGUUUAACUGUUAUGGAGAAAAAGUUAUUGGAAGCAAAGAAGCGAAAGAGAUUGAUUUCAUCAGUUCACAGAUCAAAUUCUGUACAUUUGGAUACUCAGUUAACUAGCUCUCCCAGUCAGACCUCUCCACUUCAGAAAAGAAGCAAAAGAGUUGGUUUGAAAAAAUCACUGGUUUGGCAGCAUUUUGAUACAGGAUUGAGAGGUCAAAAUCCUAUUGCAGUGUGCAAAUAUUGUAAACAAGUAUAUGCAUGUGAUAGAUCCACUCAUGGAACGAGCACCUUAUGGUACCAUCUAAGAUCCUUAUGCCCAGAAGAGCCACUCAAGGGUCAGGACAUGCAAAGGAAAGGCCAAGGGACACCCAAGUAAUCUUACAGUAUUGAAGACUGCCGCAAAGCGCUCGCUGAGAUGGUUAUAAUUGAUGAGAUGCCUUUUAGAUCUAUUGAAGGUGAAGGAUUUAAAAGGUAUUCCAAAGUGCUACAACCAAGGUUUGAACCACCUUCUAGAAUCACAGUGGCAAGGGAUUGCAUGCAACGAUAUAUUGAAGAAAAGCCCAAACUGAAGGAGAAUUUGAAGAAUCAUAGAAUCUGCCUAACAACAGAUACUUGGACCUCGAAGCAAAACUUAAACUAUAUGAGUCUAACAGCCCAUUGGAUUGAUGAUCACUGGAAGCUUCAGAAAAGGAUCCUCAAUUUCUGUUCAGUUGCAGAUCACAAGGGGGAGACACUUGAAAAACGGGUUGAAGAAUGUUUGCUAGAGUGGGGUAUUGAUCGCCUAUUCACAGUCACGGUAGACAAUGCAUCCUCCAAUGACAAGCUAAUUGAAUACUUGAAGGGUGUGUGCGAAGAUUGGAAUGGAGUUGUGUUAAAGAACAAAUUUCUUUAUGUGAGGUGAUGCGCCCAUAUAGUCAACUUAGUCGUGAAGAGUGGACUUGAAGACCAUAAUCACUCUAUCGAGAAGAUAAGAACUGCAGUUAAAUUUGUGAGGUCUUCACCAUCAAUAAUGAAAAUCUUCAAGAAAUGUGCAGAAUUAGAAAAAAUAUCCAGCAGAAGUCUUUUGACCUUGGAUUUGGAGACAAGAUGGAAUGCUACUUAUUUAAUGUUGGAGAAUGCCGAAAAGUUUGAGAAAGCUUUUGCAAAAUUGGCAAAAAUGUGCAAGCCAUUCAAAGAAUACUUCCUAGACAGAGAUCCUCCCAGUCCAGGUGAUUGGCAAACUGCACGGCGAAUUCUGUGUUUCUUGAAACUACUUGAAAAGAUCACAACUCGUCUCUCAGCCUCUUUACAUGUAACUUCAAGCAUUGUUUUCCAUGACAUAAUGUUGAUGCGUGCAAAAUUACUUGAGAUUGCUGGAGAUGAAGAUCCAACAUUAUCUUCAAUGGCAUAUCUCAUGAAAAGAAAAUUUGACAAGUACUGGAAACAAGAAGGCAAUCUGAACUACUUCAUGCUAUGAUUAGCUGAAUGGGGGUGUAGAUAGAUGUUACUAUAGAAUUAAUAUUCGUGUGCUGGUAUCUACGUGUGUGGGACAAAUCGCAUCCUGCACAUGAAAGAUCUAAGUCUCAUCAAUCAUCUGAAUUGACACUCCGGGAUUCAUGGAUUGCCAGUCACUUCAACUUGGCUGACUUCUGGCGGCUAAGGGAGCUUUUAUGACGAUAAGAUCAGCUUCACCUUCACAUGAUCUUCGUCAAAGAACAUGUAGUAUGAAUCAUCUUAUUAGGCCCUGCGCCACGUACUUUUGAGAUAUGUCUAA